AUGCUGUUGAGUGAGUCCGAGAAGGAGCGAGCCUUCAUGAAGCUGGACAUACCUGGUCCUUACCAGCUGCCCAUCUUGUGCAACCUCAUCGACACUUUCCGCCACAAGCACCGCCUCCAAGACUACAUGCUCGAACAGGCCAGCAAGUCGCCCAAGGGCACCUUCCACUUCGUGUUGCCUUUCGGGGGCGAUACGGACGUGAUGGUCACAGACCCGCCCUCGGUCGAAUACAUCCUCAAGACCAACUUCGAAAACUUCACCAAGGGUCCCCACUUCAAGGACAAGCUUCAAACUCUGCUGGGAGAUGGCAUCUUCAACACCGACGGUCAGCCAUGGAAGGAACAGAGGUGCAGCAACCUUAUGAUCGCUUUUGGCUUCAACGUCGACUCCAUGCACAAGGACUGCUCCUUCUCACAAGCCUUCGACGCCGCGCAGGAGUGCGCCGUCGAUCGGUUCCUCUGGCCGUUCUGGAAGUUCACUCCUUCGCCGAUGGGCAGCUACGUGAAGAUCCUGAACGACUUUGCCGCAAACCUCAUCAAGGAGAGAAGGCAAGACCCAGAUGUUCGCGACAGAAACGACCUCCUGUCGCGCUACAUGUGCAUGGACGGUGUGGACCACAGUGACGCCCACUUGCGCGACAUCGUCAUGAACUUCAUGAUCGCUGGCAGAGACACAACUGCUCAGACUCUGUCGUGGCUGUUCUACAAUCUGUCUCGCAACCCAGAUAAGGAAGCCGAGCUGCUCAAGGAGAUCGACAGCUUCGACGACGGUCUGCCUGACUACGAUGAGCUGAGGCACAUGAAGUACAUCAUGGGCGCUAUCAACGAAACGCUCAGGCUGUGCCCGCCGGUGCCUGUUGACCCCAAAUACGUGGUCAAGGACGACGUGUUGCCCAACGGCUACAAAGUGCCCGCUGGGGUGAAUGUUGCCUGGUCGAUGUACUGCAUGGGCCGGAUGGAGAAGUACUGGGACAGGCCGCUCGAGUUUCUUCCCGAGAGGUGGCUCGACCCCGAGAAGAACAAGGAGAGGCACCCCUUCCUCUUCAUUCCUUUCCAAGCUGGGCCACGCACUUGCUUGGGGCAGAACAUGGCCUAUCUCGAAGCCAAGGUGAUGACCUUCAUGAUCCUCAAGUCCUACAGGCUGGAGCUGCACGACCCGGAGAAUCAGAAGGUGACCUACCGCCCGUCACUCACACUGCCCAUCAAGGGCGGCCUCCGCAUGCUUGCCUCACGCCGCCGCUGA